AUGAAACGAUUCCGUUCGAAAUUCACGGUGGUGCGGUGCGCUUCUCCUCUUUUUACCUCAUCCAUAUAUAUACUCCAACUCCAACUGAUACAAAUACGCCACCCCGUUUCUGUUUCUUAUACACCCACGCCCUCGCCUCUGUUUGGAUCAUCACCACCGGCACAAGCACCAGCCUCAUCGGCGGAAAACCAAACGACGGCGAGGAGUCCGGAAACUGCAGAAGGAUUCUUGUUUGUUAAAGAACGAGAUGAACAUCGGACAGAAAUAACACCAAGACCGGAAGUGCUCUAUAUUUCUUCACUGCAAAUUUCAGGUCUUCGAUCAUCUUCGAAGGCCAAUUUUAAACAACUCGAAGAAAAACUCAUCAGUAAAUUAUUUAGGAUCCUGGGGAGAAUGGCCAAUCGUGGACAAAAGCGAUCAGAAGUGAUCGAUGAAUUGCCAGCUGACAAGAGAGCUUGCAGUUCAUUGGAUUUUAGACCGAGUACAUCGAAUUCCUCAGCUCAAGCACAGAUUACUUCCACGCCUGAUCCCAAUGACGCAGAGACCCGUGACGCUGAUAUGGAUACUACAUCUUCUCAUUCUGGGGGUUCAAGCCACUCGGAAGAGGAUCAUGAGAGGGAUUCUGCUUAUGGUUCGUGCGAUUCUGAUGAUGCAGAUCCGAGACAGAGCAGCCUGCGGAAUUAUCAGAGGCAAAGAUCAUCUGGUGAUCAUGGUAGAUUAAGGAGCGUUUUAUCCAAUCUGAGUGAAGGAAGUGAAUCUUCCGCCAAGUUAGCUGCUCUAACACAGUUGUGUGAAGUGCUGGCAUUUUGCUCCGAGGAUUCACUUUCAACUAUGAUGGCAGAUUCUUUGUCCCCAGUGCUUGUUAGGUUUGCUAGGGAUGAGAGUAACCCAGAUAUAAUGCUUUUGGCCAUAAGGGCUUUAACUUACUUGUGUGAUGUCUUCCCUCGGGCGUCUAGCUUGCUUGUUGGACACAAUGCAGUUCCAGCUCUUUGUCAGAGGUUAAUGAACAUUGAAUACUUAGAUGUAGCUGAACAGUGUUUGCAAGCAUUGGAGAAAAUAUCACAUGAUCAACCGCUACCUUGCUUACAGGCUGGUGCAGUCAUGGCUGUUCUAACUUUUAUAGACUUCUUUUCCACAAGUGUGCAGAGAGUUGCUCUUUCAACAGUGGUUAAUAUAUGUAAAAAACUGCCAACAGAUAGUUCUGCUCCUUUCAUGGAGGCUGUUCCAAUAUUGUGCAAUCUCUUGCAGUAUGAAGAUCGACAGCUUGUCGAAAAUGCGGCCACUUGCUUGAUCAAAAUAGCUGAACGAGUUUGUCAUUCUCAAGAGAUGCUGGAUGAUCUCUGUAAGCAUGGGCUAGUAAAUCAGGCCGCACAUUUAGUACAAUGGAAUAGCAGAACAACUUUAUCCCAGCCAAUAUACAAUGGCAUGAUUGGGCUCCUUACUAAACUCUCUUGUGGUUCACUCACUGCUUUUAAGACUCUCUAUGACCUUAAUAUAGGCAGUAUUCUGAAGGAAAUAUUAGCUAACUAUGACCUCUCUCAUGGAAUCUUUUCUCCUCAUUUGGUUGAUGGGCAAGGAAACCAGGUGUAUGAAGUUCUGAAGUUGCUAAUUCAGCUUCUACCAUCGGUAACAGGAGAACAAGAUGCUCAACCUCAGUUGUUGGACAAAGAGUCCUAUCUUAACGAUCACCCAGAUCUUCUGCAUAAAUUGGGGUCAGACAUAAUGCCCAUGUUGGUCCAGGUGAUUAAUUCUGGUGCAAAUUUGUAUGUCUGCUAUGGAUGUCUAUCUGUUAUCAACAAGUUAGUUUAUUUCUGCAAACCUGACACACUUGCUGAUUUGUUCAAGGAAGCAAACAUUGCAAGUUUCCUAGCUGGCGUCUUUACUAGAAAGGACACCCAUGUACUUGUUUUAGUCCUUCAAAUUGCUGAGAGAAUUUUGCAGAAGGUUCCAGAGAUUUCACUGAACUCUUUCAUUAAGGAGGGUGUCUUUUUUGCAAUUGAUGCCCUUCUAACACCAGAAAAAUGUUCGAGUUCAAUUAUACCUGGGUCCAAUGGCUUUCAACUUCCACUUGAGGUGGGUCAAAAAACUGCUUCAAGGACUACACUGAAGUGCUUAUGUUAUUCUCUUGAUACCAACGAGUCUGCCUCUACUUCUGAAGCUGGGGAAUGCAAACUUGAAAAGGAUAGUGUUCAAAAUCUGGCAAGGCACAUUAGAACCAGUUACUUUACUCAAGAGUUAGAUGAUUCUGACAAAGGACUGACAGAUAUCCUGCAAAAUCUUCGUGCUCUUGCUGUUGCUUUGGAUGAGUUGAUGAAUAAAGCUGGCUCUGAUUGUUCUACUCAUGGUGAGGAGAGGUUUUAUAAUCUACUGCACCAAAUUAUGGGAAAGCUUGGUGGAAGAGAACCUGUCUCGGCUUUUGAGUUUAUCGAGAGUGGGAUUGUAAGAUCACUAUCAAGUUAUUUGUCAAAUGGCUUGUGUUUCAGAGAAAAGAUGGUGCCACUUGCUGACUAUGAUUAUUGCCAUGUUGUAGAAAGGUUUGAGGUACUUGCCAGGUUAUUUCCAUUAUCUACAGAUCUGAAUGGAGGGUUCACUAUAUCAGUUCUUAUACAAAAACUGCAAAAUGCAUUAUCAUCUUUGGAAAAUUUCCCAGUCAUUCUAAGCCAUUCAUUCAAGCAAAGAAACUUCUAUGCAACAGUUCCUCAUGGGCGUGUGACAUCUCACCCGUGCUUAAGAGUGCGCUUCAAAAGGGAAGAGAAGGAGAUGUGCCUUCGUGACUACUCUGAAGAUGCUGUAUCUGUUGACCCUUUUGCCUCUUUGACUGCUAUUCAAGGAUUUUUGUUGGCCAAGGUUAGAAGAAAAGUGAGAAAGAGAACACAAUCAGCUGGUCAGUCUGUGGAGCCAAUGGAAGGAGUACAACUUCAAAUACCCUUAAAUGCAACCUCUGUUCAAGGAGAGAGUUCAGGGAUGGUGGAAUCUGAGAACAUGUCUGCCGAUUUUCCUGUAAUGCAGGAAGAUCGAGCUAAGCCAUCUCAAUCUUCAUCUGAAACUGUUGAAGUUCUGCAACCAAGAAGUCCCAGUCAAUCAUUGUCCGAAAACAACAAUGUUAGUGCUUCUGUGGAACCAGGGGAAGAGUCUCCUUCCACGAGAGUAGUGGGCUCAGACAGUUGCUGUUCUGCAUCUCCUCACGGCAGAGAUGAUUCUCUGAAAUUGGCUUUCUACAUGGAUGGGCAACCGCUGGACCAGACUUUAACAUUGUACCAAGCGUUUCUCCAACAAAAGAUUACAUCAGAGCUCGAAACUAAUUCCAGUGCAAACUUGUGGAGUCAAGUGUACACUAUUACAUAUAAGGUAGCCACUGAACCCGAGGAUGAAAACCGUGAAGGAAGCCAGGAUCCACUUCGACCCCUUUUGGACAAAACUGAGGCUCAUUUGCUCUAUACUUCAUAUUUCCGUUCUAUGUUGGAAUCUGAACUAGUCUCUGACGUGGACAAGUCUAGUCCUACUUAUGCUACAUUGUUUCUGCUAAAGUGCUUAGAAGGUCUCAACAGGUGCACCUUUCAGCUAAUGUCUUGGGAAAGAAUGCAUUGUUUUGCCAAAUCACUCAUACACAACUUGGACGAUAUCAAAGUGAUUUUUCUUUCGGUACCCCAGAACGAGUUUGUGAACAGUAAGUUGACAGAAAAACUGGAGCAGCAGAUGAGGGAUCCAUUAGCAGUAUCGACAGGUGGCUUACCUCUGUGGUGCAAUCAGCUAAUGGAUUCAUGCCCCUUUCUAUUUGGGUUUGAGGCAAGAUGUAAAUAUUUCCGGUUAUCAGCCUUUGGUCCUCAGAAAGCUCUUUCACAGCUGCAACAACAUAAUAACAAUAAUCCAGGCCUCUCGAGAGACAGAAGAUUACUUGCUGCUGGUAGUUCGCCCCGAAAAAAGUUCUUAGUAUCUCGUGAUCAAAUUCUGGAGUCUGCUGCUCGAAUGAUGGACCUUUAUAGUAAUGUUAGAGCACCCGUUGAAGUUGAAUAUAGUGAAGAAGUUGGUACUGGUCUUGGCCCAACAUUGGAGUUUUACACUUUGGUCUCUCACGAGUUUCAGAAUUCUGGUCUUGCCAUGUGGAGAGGAGAGCACUUUUCAUGCAUGGCGAAAGAAAUGCAGACUCAGCACUCUGAAGUUGUCUCACCUCUUGGGCUUUUUCCUUGCCCGAUGCCGCCACUUAUGCGGGAUGCAUCUAAUGGAGUAAAAUUUUGUGAGGUCGGUAAAAGGUUUUUCCUGUUGGGCCAAAUUGUGGCAAAAGCUCUUCAAGAUGGAAGAGUCUUGGAUCUGCCCUUCUCUAAAGCUUUCUAUAAGCUUAUUCUUCAUCAGGAACUGAACAUAUGCGACAUCCCAUCAUUUGAUCCUGAGCUGGGUAGGACAUUGCUAGAGUUUCAGGCGCUGGUUAACAGGAAAAAGAUUGAUUUGGAAUCUGGUGUUAUUGGAGCCAGUUUUGAUGCAUGCUUCCGGGACACCAAAAUCGAGGAUCUUUGUCUCGAUUUUACUCUUCCUGGCUAUCCGUGUUAUGUUCUUAAUGCUAAUGAAGAUCCUAAAAUGGUAAAUAUGGAUAACUUGGAGGAGUAUGUUACCCUUGUGGUGGAUGCUACUGUGCGUUCUGGAAUUUGUAGACAGGUUGAAGCUUUCAAAUCAGGAUUUAAUCAGGUGUUCCCAAUUGAACAUCUCAAGAUUUUCACAGAAGAGGAAUUAGAGCGGUUAGUGUGCGGAGAGAGGGAUUUCUGGAGUUUCAAUGAGCUCUUCGAUCAUAUCAAGUUUGAUCAUGGCUACACUGCAAGCAGUCCUCCAGUCAUAAACUUGCUGGAAAUAAUUCAGGAGUUUGAUUACGAGAAGAGAAGAGCAUUUCUCCAAUUUGUGACCGGGGCACCUCGACUGCCUCCAGGAGGUUUAGCAUCAUUGAAUCCUAAGCUGACAAUCGUGAGGAAGCACUGCAGCGCUUCAGCAGAUGUGGACCUGCCCAGUGUCAUGACCUGUGCUAAUUACCUCAAGUUGCCCCCUUACUCAACUAAAGAGAAGAUGAAGGAGAAACUGGUAUAUGCAAUUACAGAAGGGCAAGGCUCGUUCCAUCUUUCGUAGAUUUGGCUCGGAUGCUGGCGUGGUACAUAGCCAACGAAUCUGUGAAUUUGUAAAUAACAUAACAGGGGGGCGUGCUUUCCUGUUUUCCUUUCAAAUUAGAUAGAAGGUAGGGAGGGAGGUGAUUGUUAAGCUAGUUUGUGCCUUGUUGGAAUGGAACAUCAUCUCGAAGGUUUAUCUUCUCUUCUCCUCUUGGCUUUGAUUUUAGGUAGGGGGCCAUAAUGUACAUAUAUAUAGGCUAGAAGAAGGUGUUGGAGGUAGCAGUCGUUUGGUGUACAGAAGAUGGAAACAUGGAAGUCUAGAUAUUAUUCAACUGGAUAUUUUAGUUCCAUUAUUAGUUGGUUUUCCUUUCUGCAGUUAUGUACAGACCGAUCCGUUUGGGUUCCAAAUUGCAAUGGACAAUGUCAGACAGUUUCUGGUC